CAAUUCUGACAGAAUCAUCAGUUGUGAGUUGUAUCUUUUCGUUGCAUCUUGAAAGUGUUUUAAAUACAAAAUCCUAAUCCAUUCAACAUGAAAGUGUUCAUUGUUUUGGUUGCAAUCGUUGCUUUAGCUGUUGCUAAACCAGUUGAUGAUUAUAAGGAUAUUUCGGUUGUGAAAGCUGGCAUUGAUCAUAUUGACACAACAGGUUACAAAUUUGAAUACGAACAGAGUGAUGGUGUUGUACGAACAGAAGAGGGUGUCUUGAAGAAUGCUGGAACCGAACAGGAAGCUUUGGAAGUACGUGGAUCAAUUACAUGGACAGCUGCUGAUGGACAAGUUUACACUUUGAACUUUGUCGCCGAUGAAAAUGGAUACCGACCAGAAGGAGCCCAUAUUCCACAUUUGUAAAUUUAAUUAAAUUAAAUUUGAAUUGUUUCGUAAAA